CGAAGAGUUCAUCAUUCUAUGGAAGAACGUAACUUGCAAAGUUUUUUCGUAAUCUUAUAAUAAACAACAAUUUGAAUUACUUGCGAUUGACGUUCAGAAAACAAUAAAUUAUUUUAAUGAGUUGUAUGGACGUUGUAGCCGUCAUACAGUAAAUAAGCAAGAUUAUAGCUAAUGAUACAGCAUUAUUUAUUAUUUCGGUUGUGUAAGUUGGAAACCAGAGAGUGUUUGCCGCCAAUUAUCAAAUGACUACCCGUGGCAGCGUUAAAUGUCUGUGAUGUUGAUGUUUUGAUAAAGGUGAGAGAAAGCGUAACACAAUUUUCCAAGAGUUUGGAGUCUUUAAAAUGACAUAGUGUUACACGAAAUUGAGAAGCAUGAGGCAGAUUUAACUGUUCAUUGAAGACACCUGUCACCACGACUGAAGCGUGCUAAAGCCCAUCGGCAGGAUAAGUCAACAACAGCUGAAUGAUACGAAUUGUUCCUGUUCCUGCAAGGCGUCAACACUGCUGAGAGGGUUACGCUGUAGUUUGCUUCGCAAGUGCAUAUAGUGGACUAGAAUCAAAUCACCUGAAAAUAAAGGUGCAAAAUGGCCCAAAAUCCUGCCCGAAAACAGAAGAGAAAAACAUAUACAAAAGAAGAACUUCAGGAGUUGUCAAAAGAAGAACUGAUCUCAAGAGUUUUGCAGUUGGAAGCCUAUAACACACAAUUAAAGUGUUCACUAACUAAACGACUGAGUGAAGUGGAGAAUACAGUCAGUAUUGAAGAAACAAAGCGCAAACGAGCUUUUGAUUUUUCAAAUUGCAUUAAGAGGCAUAUUAUGUUGAAAGUAUUGUAUCUUGGAUGGAAUUAUCAGGGUCUAGCAACACAGGAGGACAGCACUAAAACGAUUGAACAUGAGCUGUUUGCAGCUCUGUACAAAACUUGCCUUGUUGAAAGCAGGGAGACUGCCAAUUAUCAUCGAUGCGGUCGUACAGAUAAGGGUGUAAGUGCUUUCUGUCAGGCAUUCACAUUAGAUGUUAGAAGCAACUUGACUGAAGAGGAAGUACACUCAGGAAGCACUAACUCAGAACUACCGUAUCCAAAGCUUUUGAACCGUGUUUUGCCAAGUGACAUUAGGGUUCUAUCCUGGACACCUGUACCACAAGGCUUCAGUGCAAGAUUUGAUUGCAAAUCUAGGACAUACAAAUAUUUUUUCCCUAGAGGAAAUUUAGAUCUACAGAGGAUUAGUGAAGCUGCAUGCUAUCUGGUAGGUAGCCAUGAUUUUCGUAAUUUGUGUAAAAUGGAUGUAAAGAAUGGAGUAAUCAAUUAUAUAAGGGAAAUUCUUAGCAUUGAACUGAAAGUUGUCUCCGAGGAUCCUGCAAAAGUAGUAUCAUAUGACGUGUGUGUACUAACGGUAAAAGGAAAAGGCUUUCUUUGGCACCAGAUUAGAUGCAUUGUCGGUGUUUUGUUCUUAAUUGGUCAAGGCAAGGAGGAGCCCACUGUUAUAAAGGACUUACUAAACGUUGAUAUUAACCCACAGAAACCUCAGUAUUGUCUUGCUAAUGAAGUUCCACUUAAUCUCUUCCAUUGUGAAUUUGAUGAAAUGGGGGAGAUAGUGGACAAUGAUACACUAAUAAGUGUGAUACAUGAACUCCAGAGAAUUUGGACAAUUAAUGCUGUUAAAACAACAAUGGUGCGUUCUAUGUUGUGCUGCUUACAAGAAAAUAUAGAGCAAAAUGCAAAUGAACAAAGUUCAUGCCUUCUCGAUGGAGUGAAACGCAAAGUUUACCAGCCGCUCUUUGAGAGGCCAAAAUGUGAUAGUUUGGAUGAGCGCAUUCAGCAUUACAUAAAAAAGAAGAAAAUUGAGCUUCCAGAAAAUGAGAGAGAAAAUGCGAAGUAGUGAUCAACAGUUUAGUUUGACAAUUGUAUAUUUGAAAAUAAAUAUUGAACUUUUUUAGUAAUUGGGUAAAUAUUGAUGUAACAUAACGAAAUGAAAAAAAGUUGAUCUGAUGAGAAGAUAUUUGUUCAGCUUUUCUGCAUACUUGCUUCAGCAGAGACAGGACAUUACUAAUGCGAAAAAUAAUCAUCUUGUCCGUUAAAUGAAUUUGUCCCUUUUUGCUGCCACAGUUUUGAUAUUACGGUAUAGGAGGAAAACAUUGCAUCUUUUAUGAAUUAUUUUUGUUGCAAACCCUGUAGUAAAAUUUGCAAGAGUCUCUUCAACAGUUUCACAUGAUGACAGCUGAAAGUUGGUCCACAAACAAAUAUCAGUAGUACCUUUACAGUUUUCUGUUCUUAUUCCUAAAAUAUUUAGUGAAUUUUUAAAUAGUAUGAAGCCCUAAAUGAGUUGAAGAUAGUUGUCUGCUUUCUUCACAUUUGUGAUGUAUUUAAAACAUUCCCUACAACAUCUGGUUGUGGAAGCAUGUUACAUUUUCUUUAUUCAUCACUAGUGCAUGACUGUUGGCCUUCAGUGUAUAUGGAGAAAGAAAAUCAUCAUUGGAUUCCACUAUUUCUGUCACAUUGUAUGUGCAAUAAAAAAUCAAGAAGCGACCUGUUUCCAAGACUUGGGCUCUAUAUGCAGAUUUUUUUUGUGUGUGUAGUAAACAGCAAAUGAUAAAUGGACUGUUUGACCAAAAAUAUCAUCUGUUGGUUCCACAUUUGUUCCUUCUUAAACUGUAUAGAGAAGAAAAAUAUCCAUUUCUGUGAGAUUGUGACCUGCGUCAUAUCCUUACUCCCAGUGGAGACUGGCACAUUUGACAAUUGGGAACAUCUGCUCUAUUCAGUUUUCUUUAUCCUCAUCAUCCACUAUGCAAGUGGCUCAUAACUUUGGCAUUCUUCCUUCUAUCGCCAAACCUUUAAACUAUCUGGGAGAUUACUUUACACCAUUUAGUUGAUUCUUGCCACUACGUUUCCCUCAAUGUACACCUGUAAAUCUCCUUUUCAUUCAUACUCCCUUGCUAUUGCUAUCAUUUUUCCAAUUUUUUGUAGUGAUUUAUUUAUUGUCUUUCAGGUGUUUUCAGACAUUAGCUGCCUGCACCAUUUACUACUUCUUUCCUUUUCAUCUUUGUUGCUCCAUUAAUACCUCUGUUUUGUGUUUGCCCAUCCACUGUCGUGAAAACUGCCCAACCUACCAUUUCUACCUUGUCAAGUUUACAGAUCUCGUCUGUUGCUGUUAAUACAUUGGAGACAGAAUUCAAAUACCCCAAACAGGGUAGCUGAACUCAAAAUUUAGCACAUUGCCUUGCCACAAUGAGUGCAACAAAUUCGAAUGAUGGGCUAUGGAGUUCAUAUCUGGUCUGUAUAUUCAUGUAUGUUAUAUCAGUUUUUAAUGACAAACAUACAAAAGCUUUUACCAAAACAUUUUUUUUAUCCCAAGAAAAAAAGGAACUUGUACAAACUGUUCUUCAACAUAAUUUAACUUCUUGUUUGUUUUGAAAUGCACAAACAAAGAUAAAAAUCCUAACCAGGGCAUUGCCUGAAUGUUUCAUUUCAGACACAUUUUGGUUCCUGCUCUUAAUGACGUCAGCACACACUUUGCAGAAACUCGUUGGGUGUGAAUAUUUUAUUAUUAUUAUUAUUAUUAUUAUUAUUAUUUAGUAUGUGAUUUGUUUUUCUGGAAAUGUUUGCCACAGUUCGGAGAGGGUAAACUUUAUCUUUCAUCCAUAUUUCUUGUCUUGUGACACCUGCCAUGAACAGAAAAAAGCAGUUGUUUCCACCAUUUGUAAUGAGACUUCUUGAAGGGGUAAUAACCCAUCAUUAGCUUUUAUUCAUACCUCCUACUUUACUCUCACAAGUGUGCUACCUCCAGGCUGUGCAUUGCACAAGCAGUGAACCAGCAGGGGUAUAAGCUUUGAGAAGAAAUGGUAUGAGACUCGGAACAGAGUGGUGUUCCAGAAAGUGCUGUUGGGAACUGCAAAUUAUUAAGAAUAUGGGAACUGUAUGGCACAACAAUACACAGACAUUAUAUAAGUAGAAGUUAUUGUACUGGGUGGAAUACAAAAAAAUGGAAGGAAUAACUGUAUCCACUUACUAUGUAGUUAAGGUAUUGAGUAGGAGCCAGACUUAUAUUAAAAGGUAAAGGUUAAUUUAUUUGGUUUCAGGAACAACUAUGCCACUGAAAUUUGUUUCUGUAAUGUUAAAAUGCAGAGGUAGUUCAGAGAUGUCUGUGCUUGUUUGCCACUCAUUGGCUCAAUUAUAUGAUGAGGAUUUGUUAGAUUUUGGACUGUAUUAUAAUAUAUAGCAUUACAACAGUGGUUAUUCAACAGACUAACACAUUGUUAUAGUGACAUAAUAAUCUUGUGGUAAAUUCUUGAAUUUCAGUGUAUGACACGCAAGGCAUUGCUUUAAUUUUCUCACUAACUAAUGAACAUAAUUAAAAUCCUUUUGUUUAGUGAUUGGUUACACAGUAUAUUUCACAGUGAUUAGAAUAAGCCUCUUUGUAACUGAUAAAAUACCAGCUCCUUAUUUGUAACUGUAAUGGAAAUUCCUGGAUAAAAGCAACAAACAAAAACAUGAAGAAAUGCAAUCACUAAACUACAGUAAUUCCUUUCCUCAUGUUUCAGAUAGAGAGUAGUCUUUUUGUGGUGUACCAUUAUUAUAAUGUUCUAUGCUUAAAUUUGUUGAGCAAAUAUGUAACUCUGUGACUACACAAGCCCUUGUUGACUAAUUUGUCUCUUGUUCAAGCCUUAUCUGCCUUUUCCAUUAAUCCAAGUAGAACUUCAAGAAUAGUUUGAUCACUGGCUUUGUUAGUGGACCUUCUUUUUAAAUUAAUUACAUUUUCAAGAACUCUUCCAAUGUCACACCUGUAACUCUUUUCCAACAAAUAUACUCAUUAAAGUUCGUAAUAUAUUAAAGUUGUGUGCCUGAAAUGGACUUGAGACAUCAGUCUUCUGACUGAUUUGAUUUAGCCUGCCAUGAAUUCCUCUCCUGUGCCAACCUCUUCAUCACAGAGUAACACUUGCAACCUAUGUCCUGUAAUAUUUGCUGGAUGUAUUCCAAUCUGUCUUCCUCUGCAGUUUUUGCCUUCUACAGCUCCCUCAAGUACCAUGGAAGUCAUUCCCUGAUGUCUUAACAGAUGUUCUAUUACCCUGUCCCUUCUCCUUGUCAGCACCAAUUCUGUGCAGAACCUCCUCAUUCCUUACUUUACCAGUCCAUCUAGUUGUCAACAUUCGUCUGUAGCAUCACAUCUCAAAUGCUUCGGUUCUCUCCUGUUCCACUGUUCCCACGGUCCAGAUUUCUCUACUAUACAACUCUGUGCUGCUAACACACAUUCUCAGAAAUUUCUUCCUCAAAUUAAGGCCUAUGUUUGAUACAAGUAGACAUCUCUUGGGUAGGAAUGUCCAUUUUGCAGUGCUAAUCUACUUUUGAUUGCUCCAUCUGUCACUGGUUAUUGCCUGGGUAGUAGAAGUCCUUAACUUCAUCUACUUCGUGACCAUCAAUCCUGGUGUUAAGUUUCCCACAUUUCUCAUUUCUACUCCUUCUCUUUACUUUUGUCUUCCUUCAAUUUAAUCUCAGUCCAUAUUGUGUACUCAUUAGGCUGUUUAUUCCAUUCAGAAGAUCCUGCAAUUCUUCUUCACAUUCACUCAGGAUAGCAGUGUCAUCAGCGAAUCGUAUCAUUGAUAUUUUUCCGCCUUACAUUUUAAUUCCACUCCUGAACCUUUCUUUUAUUUCCAUCAUUGCUUCUUCAAUGUACAGAUUGAACAGUAGCGGUGAAAGACUACAUCCCUCUCUUACACCCUUUUCAAUCUGAGUACUACAAUCUUGGUCGCCCAUUCUUAUUAUUCUCUCUUGUUCUUGUACAUAUUGUAUAUUACCCGUCUCUGCCUAUAGCUUACCCCUUUUUUUCUCAGAAUUUUGAACAUCUUCACAUAUUUUACAUUGUUGAACACUUUUUCCAGGUCAACAAUUCAAGUGAACAUGUCUUGUUUUUUUUUCUUUAGUCUUGUUUCUAUUAUCAACCCCAACAUCAGAAGUGACCCUCUGGUGCCUUUACCUUGCCCAAGCCAAACUGAUCAUCAUCUAACACAUAUUCAUUUUUCUUUUCCAUUCUGCAGUUCAUUAUUCUUGUAAGCAUAAGCUGUUAAGCUGAUGGUGUGAUAAUUCUCACAUUUGUUGGCUCUUGCAGUCUUCGAAAUUGUGUUGUUGAUAUUUUUCCGAAAGUCAGAUGGUAUGUCGCCAGACUCAUACACUCUACAUACAAAUGUGAAUAGUCGUUUUGUUGCCACUUCCCCCAGUGAUUUUAGAAAUUCUGAUGGAAUGUUAUCAGUCCCUUCUGUCUUAUUUGAUCUUAAGUCCUUCAAAGUUCUCAUAAAUUCUGAUUCAAAUAAUGGAUCCCCUCUCUCUUGUCUAUUGACUCCUGUUUCUUCCUGUAUCACAUUAGACAAGUCUUCCCCCUCAUAGAGGCCUUCAAAGUAUUCUUUCCGCCUAUCCUCUCACUACUCUGCAUUUAAUAGUGGAAUUCCUGUUGCACUCUUAAUGUUACCACCCUUGUUUUUAAUUUCACCUAAGGUUGUUUUGACUUUCCUAUACACUGAGUCAGUCCUUCCAACAAUCAUUUAUUUUCCGAUUUCUUCAUAUUUUUCAUGUGGCUAUUUCAUCUUAGCUUUCCUGCACUUCAUAUUUAUUUCAGUCCUCAGUGACUUAUAUUUCUGUAUUCCUGAAUUUCCCAGUACAUUUUUGUACUUUCUUCUUUCAUCAAUCAACUGAAGUAUUUCUUCUGUUACCCAUGGCUUCUUCACAGUGAACUUCUUUGUACCUAUGUUUUUCUUUCUAACUUCUGUGAAUGCCCUUUGUAGAGAUGUCCAUUCCUCUUCAACUGUACUGCCUACUGGGCUAUUCUUUAUUGCUAUAUCUACAGCCUUAGAGAACUUCAAGCGUAUCUCAUCAUUCUUUAGUACUUCUGUAUCCCACUUCUUGCGUAUUGAUUCUUCCUGACUAAUCUCUUAAGCUUUCAGUCUGCUCUUCAUUACUACUACUUUGUGAUAGUCUAUAUCUGCUCCUGGAUAUGUCUUAAAAUACAGUAGCUGAUUUCGGAUUCUCUGUCUGACCAUGAGGUAAUCUAACUGAAAUCUUUCCAUAUCACCCAACCUUUUCUAAGUAUACCUCCUCUUCUUGUGAUUCUUGAACAGAGAAUUCACUAUUACUAGCAGGCCUUACAUUAUGAAAAAGACCAUUUCUCUCAAAAGACAGGGUUCUAUGUAUGAGACAUGAUCCAGUACAUAGUGUUAAUCUUUCAGGAACUUUCAAUAUAACAUAUAUUCUACUGGAGCAUUAAAGAUUAAUUCUGAGACCACAUCAAUGUUGACACACUUAUCUCAAAUGCAUCAGCAUACUAUCCUCUAAGUACUUGUUAAAUAUAGAGAAGGCAGCUGUUGAUACAGCAGAGUAAAGUAAAUCGCUUUGGGCUGGAUCAAGAAGCUCAGUAUCUUACAGAAUUUUAAAAGGUUUUGAUGAAGACUGUGUAAAAUGUUAUAUUAUCAUUAAAAAAUACUACUGGGUGUGAAGGACACUUAAAUCACUGUAAAGCAUAACAGCAUAUCCAGUAACUGAAAUAAUCAAAAUAGUCAACUAAUAUUUUUAACUCAAAUUGUUGAAGUAAACAGAAGGUAAACCUCUGUUCAAGAAAGGGUCAAGUGGAAACAGAGCAAGCUAUUGUCCAAUUUGUAUUCUUCAAAUCCUGUCAAAAACGGCUACAAUCCAGUUACAAAAUUGUUUGCAGAAUAUGGUAUUAUUCGAAGAAUCUUAUUUAGUACCGUAGAAAACUGGUUCCAGUUAAAUGGGUUGAAACUGGAACUGAAAACAAAAUCCCAUACUGUACAUAUCCAAAAGAAACAUUUAAAUUGCUAGGAGAUUAAAAUAAUUUUGAACAAUUGGGUUACAGAGAAAGAUGAUACAGUUAAAUUUCUUGGAUUAAAUUUGGACAAGAAUUUAAGAUAAUCACACAUCGAUUUUCUUAAAAAUAAAUGAGGUAAUUUUGAAUUAGAAGUACAACUUCUACUGACAUCUAUACAUUACAAAUAGCAUAUACUAAUUACUGUAUUUAUCAUUAGGUGUAGAAUAGUUCUCUGGGAAGCUCAAAUAGCAUCUGUGGAUACUGAAGCUGCAGAAGAAAAUUAUUAGAUGCUUUUGUACUGCACAGCCAAAACUAUUUUGUCCACUAUUAUCAGAAACUACAAAUCAUAAUUGUUCCCUGCCUAUACAUUCGUGAAACUAUGAUGUAUUAUUCUUAUGCAAUAGACAAAUUAUUUGAGAAAAAUCAUUUUGACAGCAGCAGGAAGAGGAGGAUACCAUUGUUAGCAUUACUGUAGUUGCUUUCUAUUUUAGGCGAAGUUUCAUUACAAAUCUGUAACAUAUACCUAUAUUAAAUGAUUGAUAUAGAAACAUUAUGAGACUAAUAAAUCACAC